GGUUGCUGCUGCCGUCUCCGUGCUCGCUCCCCCGUCGGCCCCGGGUCCCCCCAGGCCCCGGUCCUCCCGGCGGCGAUGGCAAUCUCCUGCUGCGAUGCGGCGACGGGGAUCGGCGGGAGGCGCCGCGGUGGCCCGACGGGGAGCGGUGGCGGCGCGGCAGGGGACGGGGCGAAGCAGAGCGCGGCGGGGAGGUAGAGGUGGUGGUGGAGGAGGCGGCGGCAGCGGGCGGCGGCGGCGGGGGUGGCCGGCCGCGGCCUGGCCCCGGCCCCGAUGUGCUGGAGCGGGAGGCGCGGGACCCCGACGAGCUGCCCUCUUUCAGCCGGUGGGAGGAGGACGAGGACGAGGGGCCGGAGCGGCCACUGCUGGAGCGGAGCUCCUGUCUCUCACAUUGAAUUCCCAGCAAAAAAUGGAGAACAUCCUGGCUGGUUUGUGUGGGACCAGCCCAGAAGAUCCACUCCCUGUGUGGAUUCAUGGCAGCGUUGGCCAUUGCUUUAAUCAGCUGACAUUAAACGUGAUUCCUCAUGUGAUCCUUGCAGUGGUCAGUGCCUGCUUCCUUGGCACUCCAAGAUCUGGCUCUGGGUUGUCUUGCAGGCCCGGCUGGAGAUGCAGAAUCACCACCUCCUUUGUACUUGCUGGCCUGUUCCUUGCUGAUGCCAUCCCAGCCACCAUUUCUCAGCAGAAGCUGGGCCCUGUGUACCUGGAAGUGCUGGCAAAUGGCAUUGCCACCCUGACCUGGCUCACACAUGGCUUCGCUCUUCUCAUGCUCUUCAGGUCCAUUCACAGCUCUACCAGAGGUCCUGCGGCCCUGGCUGUCCUCUCUCUCUUACCCCUGCCUUCCUUUGUCAUCACACUGGUGUGGUACUGCCAAAGCGGGACAGCUUGGUCCCUUACCCACCCUGCUGCCUCCUCCAGGUUUGUCAUUCUCUGUCUGCAGCUGGCCUCUCUGCUUGUGUAUGUAAUCGGCUACCUCCUACCCACCACUGGCAGGCAAGACUUCCUCUCCAUCAAUUGCUCCUGGCAACAAGACCAGCUCGUCUCAGAGCCAGGGACCUCAGUGCCUGAUGAGCAGAGAGUGGCAGAAGAUGGUGAGAGCUGGCUGUCGCGCUUCUUUUAUGUUUGGAUGAACCCUCUUAUGAAACGUGGCUAUCAGUGGAAGCUGAACCAGCCACAGGAUGUCUAUGUGCUUCCUCGCCAGCUCCAGGCUGCCAGGGUCUGUGAUCAGUUCUACUCUUGCUGGCAGAAGAAGGCAAGUCUGCAUCAAGUAGAGGAGGAGACGGUGUCUCUUACUAGCCCAAUCAUCGCUGGAGUUGAUGGGAGUAGUGAUGCCCUGGACAGCUUGCACCAGACCCAGGAGGCUGUGCAACUCUUCUCAGUCCUUCAUGCAGCCUUUGGGCUUCGUUUCUACUCCCUUGGGCUUCUCAAGCUGGCCGGCAACCUGCUGGGUUUCUCGGGUCCUCUCCUUCUGAACCUGCUGGUGAACUUCAUGGAGUCACAGCAGGAGCCUCUGAGCCAUGGGGUGCUCUAUGCCCUCGGGCUCUUUGCUGGCUCCUUCCUGGGUGCCCUCUUGCGGAACCAGUUCAGCUAUGAGGUGAACAAGGUGACUCUGAUGGCACGGGCUGCCAUCAUCUCUGCUAUCUAUCGCAAGGCUCUGCGUGUCAGCAGCACCAGCCUUACCCGCUUCACCAUGGGGGAAAUUGUCAAUUUCAUGAGCACAGACACCAGUAGGUUGGUCAACUUCUGCCUCAGCUUCCACGAGGUGUGGAGCCUGCCUUUCCAGUUUGGCAUUACCCUCUACCUCCUCUAUCGGCAAGUGGGCAUCGCCUUCCUGGGAGGCUUGGCCCUGGCACUGCUGCUUGUGCCCAUCAACAAGGUCAUAGCCAACCGCAUCAUGAUGAACAACAAGGAGAUGUUGAAACACAAGGACACACGGGUCAAGCUAAUGACAGAGUUUCUAUGUGGCAUUCGUGUCAUCAAGUUUUACGCCUGGGAGAGGCACUUCAGCACCAGGAUAAAUGCCUGCCGGGCUAAAGAGCUGCAGAAGUUACGAGCUGUGAAGUACUUGGAUGCUGUAUGCGUGUAUCUGUGGGCAGCACUGCCUGUUGUUGUCUCCAUUGCCAUCUUCAUCACCUAUGUCCUGUUAGGUCACCAGCUCACUGCCACAAAGGUGUUCACAGCACUGGCCCUUGUUGGGAUGCUCAUUCUCCCUCUCAACAGCUUCCCCUGGGUGUUGAAUGGGACUUUGGAAGCCAAAGUUUCCCUGGAUAGAAUCCAGCGUUUCCUUGAACUCGUGGACCAGGACCUGGAAGCUUAUUAUGCCUUAGAUAGCCCUUCAGGUACUGCUGCUGCCGUGGAGAUAAAAUGUGCAGCCUUCUCAUGGGCACCAGUUGAGGAGGAAGGCACCAGGGAGCCCUUUACCAGAGGCACUCUGCAGCUGCACAUUGAGAACCUGUCAGUGAGAAAGGGAAUGCUCCUGGGCGUCGUUGGGAAGGUUGGCUCUGGCAAAAGCUCUCUGCUUGCAGCCAUCACUGGAGAGCUCAUUAAUUCUCCUUUGUUGCCCUUCACCCACUUCUGGCGUGCUUGCAGACAAGGUGGACAAGUGUAUGUUUGUGACCUGGAGCAAGGAUUUGGUCUGGCCACACAGGAGCCUUGGAUACAGUUUACCACUGUCCGGGAGAACAUCCUUUUUGGCCGGGAAUAUGAUGCCAGGUUGUACGAGGAGGUGGUGGAGGCCUGUGCCCUCUCAGAGGACCUGAACAUUUUACCAGCAGGUGACCAGACAGAGGUGGGUGAAAAUGGUGUGACACUCAGUGGGGGACAGAAGGCUCGAAUAGCCCUUGCCAGAGCUGUUUACCAGGAUAAAGAGCUUUACCUCCUUGAUGAUCCCCUGGCUGCUGUUGAUGCAGACGUAGCCAACCAUCUUAUGUGGAAAUGCAUUCUCGGAGUUCUCAAACACAAGACCAGGAUCCUUUGCACGCACAGGACAGAGUUUCUGGAGAAGGCCGAUGCCUUGUUAUUAGUAGACAAUGGCAGGAUAGUUAAGACAGGCCCACCAGCUGAUAUCCUGCCACUUGUGGAAGCCUUCCCCAAAUUCAAGAAUAUGGAUAAGAGUCAGAAGCAUAAAGCCCCUGAUGAACAGGGCCAAGAAGAGGCCAUAGAGACAGAGGCGGAAGAAUCAAUUCAAACCAAUCAUCUCAUCCACAAGGAGGAAGAGAAGAAAGAAGGGGCAGUGGCUUUUCAGGUGUACAAGGCAUACUGGCUGGCAGUGGGCAGCUGCCUGGCAUUAUCCAUCCUCUUCUCGCUGCUCCUGAUGCAAGCAUCCAGAAAUAUCUCAGAUUGGUGGCUGUCACACUGGAUCUCCAGCAUAUCCCAGAGAGCAAAUACCUCUGCGAUGGUCUGCUCAGCUUCCCCACCUUCCCCAGAGCUGCUUCUCUUCUCUGUUGUUGGGCUUAUCUCUCCCAUUCAAGUUCUGAACACUACCCCAGUCCCUUCCAGUGGUUCACUGGAUGUGAAUUUCUACCUCAUAGUUUAUGGGAGCAUUGCAGGGGCCAACUCCCUCUUCACCAUUCUUCGGGCCUUCCUCUUUGCUUAUGGCACCAUCCGUGCUGCCACUGUCAUUCACAACCGACUCCUCCAGAGGAUUCUGAAGGCCACAGUCACCUUCUUUGACACCACACCAACAGGCCGGAUCCUGAACCGCUUCUCCUCAGACCUGUACUGCGUGGAUGACAGCCUGCCAUUUAUCCUCAACAUCUUCCUGGCCAACAUGUACGGGCUCCUGGGCAUGCUGGUGAUAAUCACCUAUGGCCUCCCUUGGAUUGUUCUGGUCUUACUCCCUCUGACUGCUCUCUACUUCUCCAUCCAGCGCUAUUACCGGCGCACAUCCCGGGAGCUCAAACGCCUUUACAGUGUCACCCUGUCUCCCAUUUACACUCACUUCUCAGAGACCCUCUCAGGACUGAGCAGCAUCAGAGCAAUGCGGGCAACACAGAGGUUUGAGUUGGAGAAUCAGCUGCGCCUGGAGCAGAACCAGCGCUGCCUCUUUGCCAGCAACACAGCGAUGCAGUGGCUGGACAUCCGCCUGCAGAUGAUUGGGGUCGCUGUGGUUACUGCUAUUGCAGGAAUUGCCAUCAUCCAGCACCAGAAGCGACUGGGAAAUCCAGGACUUGUGGGCCUUGCACUCUCAUACGCCUUGUCUGUGACAAACCUGCUCUCAGGCCUUAUUUCCAGCUUCACUGCGACAGAGACCAUGAUGGUGAGUGUGGAGCGGACAGAGGAAUACACCACAGACAUCCCCAUGGAGUCCCAGGAUAAACUGGUCCAGGUUGCUGCUGACUGGCCAAGCCAGGGGCUUGUGGACUUCCAGCAGGUGGUCCUUGCUUACCGAGCAGGCCUGCCCAAUGCACUCAACGGUGUGAACUUCACUGUUUACCCUGGAGAGAAGGUGGGGAUUGUGGGUCGCACAGGAUCUGGAAAAUCCACCCUUUUCUUGGCCCUUUUCCGCAUGCUGGAGCUGAAGUCAGGCCGGAUUCUCCUGGAUGGUGUUGACAGCCAGCUGGUGGGCUUGGAGGAGCUGAGAUCUAGGCUGGCCAUCAUCCCCCAGGAUCCGUUUUUGUUCAGUGGCUCAAUCCGAGAGAACCUUGACCCCCAGGGAAAAUGGACAGAUGCUGAGCUCCACGAGGUGCUAGAGCAGUGCCACCUGCGGGAUGCCAUUACUCAGAUGGGUGGAUUAGACAGCGAGCUGGGAGAGAGAGGAAAGAGUCUGUCUGUGGGGCAGAGGCAGCUGGUGUGUCUGGCAAGAGCCCUCCUGACGCAGGCCAAGGUGCUGUGCAUCGAUGAGGCCACAGCCAGCGUGGAUCAGAAUACAGACCAGCUGCUGCAGCAGACCAUCCGCCAGCGCUUUGCUGACAAAACUGUUUUGACAAUUGCUCACAGGCUGAACACCAUCCUGGACUCAGACCGCGUGCUGGUGAUGCAAGCUGGGAGAGUGGCAGAGCUGGAUUCACCCACCCGCCUAAGCCAGAAAGAUGGCUCCUUGUUCCAGCGCCUCCUGCACAGCGGGCAGCAGUAACCUCCCUCCUGGGCUGAGACCAGGCAGCCCUCCUGGCUCUGUGCCUGGCUUCCCUCUUACCUCAGCCACCAGCCCUGUCCCUGCAGGGCCAGGAGCUGCUGAGGUGAGGGAAAGGGUUAUUCCUGCCUGCAGACAGCGAUUGUGUGUCCUCAGGAACAGGAGCAUGGCACUAUGGCCUUUCCUUUAGUAGGGAAGAUGGGACCUGGUGUUUAGGGCCAUGCAAGCCUGGCUAGUGGGAUACUGCUCCCCUCCAAGGCUCCCCUUUGAGAUUACAGAGGGAUUUUCUGCUCACUGAAGAAUCAGUGACUCCUAGUCUGAGGCUUAUUCUCACAUGUGCGAUUUAAAAUAAAGUGGAAACAUGCUUGUGAAGCUCUGUUAUUAA